UUUUUAUCACUCUUAAAAGUUUGCAUCAUAAAAACAAAUUGAAUUUUCUCUAUAAACUUUGUGUAUGUGGAUAAAUUGCAUUCGUUUACUUUAGAAUGUCGCAAAAUUCAUUUCUAAAGUAUUUUUACAACUUGUAUAUAUUCUGCAGUAAAUGACAUCAACAUCCAUUCUGUGUUAAUACUAAACAAAUUGAAAUUAAUAUAUAACAAUGGCAUAUCAAACACUCAGGCAGGAGUACUUACAAAUGCCUCCAGUCACUAGAGCUUACACAACUGCUUGUGUACUAACUACUUUGGCAGUUCAAUUAGAUGUAGUUUCUCCUUUUCAACUAUAUUUCAAUCCUCUUCUGAUACUGAAACAGUUUCAGGUAUGGAGGUUGAUUACAACAUUCUUAUUUUUUGGAAACAUUGGAUUUAAUUUUUUGUUUAACAUGAUUUUUACUUACCGUUAUUGUCGAAUGUUAGAAGAAGGAUCAUUUCGUUCAAGGACUGCUGAUUUUGUUAUGAUGUUUUUAUUUGGUGCUAGUCUAAUGAUUAUAUGGGCUUUUUUUAUAAAUUUACUGUUUUUGGGACAAGCGUUCACAAUUAUGUUAGUUUACAUUUGGUCUCGAAGAAAUCCUUAUGUAAGGAUGAAUUUUUUUGGUGUUUUGAAUUUCCAGGCUCCAUAUUUACCCUGGGUAUUGCUGGGAUUUUCUAUUUUAUUGGGAAACACACCAUGGGUUGACCUAAUGGGUAUUGUUGUUGGUCAUUGUUAUUAUUAUUUAGAAGAUGUGCUUCCUCGUCAUCGUUCAAAUUUGAAAAUUAUCAAAACACCUCAAUUCUUGAAGCUUCUUCUUGAUCCAGCUCCAGAAGAUGAUCACAUACCUCCACCUGAAUUUCGACCGGGUGGAUUUAAUUGGGGUAAUGGAGGUGCUGAAGAUCCACCUAUAGAUCGUAAUGAUUAAUAAUAAGUAUGUUAAUUAUGUGUUGUAUUUACAGUUUAUCUUAUUUUAUGUACAUAAUAUUUAAAAAAAAUCAAUAUUAAUAAAAGACUAAGUAUGCAAUAUCAA